UGACAUUUGAGCCUCGUCAGUGUCCGUAAUUAACGUUACAACCGUUGCCUAGAAACAGUUAUCAACAAAACACAGUAACGUUAGCUAACUAUUGUUAGCUAUCGCUAAAACAUUCAUAAGUAACGUUAAAGGUGGAUACGGAGUGCGAGUCAUUUCAGGAAGAAAGUAAAUUACUGGAAAACCCUUUGACUUCUCCUGGUCGGUUAACCCUAUAGCUAUCAAAGAAGUUCCGUCCAAGUGUAUCCAACCACAAAAAAAUGUCAGUACCUUUUUCCAACACUCACCUCCGGGUCCCGCGAGGAUUUGGUACCAUCCUGGAGGGGCUGGCCAAAGAAGUCCUGCGAGACCAGCCCGAUGAUAUCCCUAAAUAUGCUGCACAGUACUUUGAUGCUCUUCUCAAACAAAGACAAGAUAGUGGCAUGGACCCUUCUGACUGGGCUGCUAAACUGGAAGAUAGAUUCUAUAACAACCAUGCAUUCAAGAGUACUGGGGCUAGUCCUGAAAAUGAGCCUGCAACAGAGGUGACCGUUUCCAAAGAAAAAUCCUUUGAGUCUCAACCUGAAGAGGAAUCCAGUGAUUCAGCAGAACCUUCAAAUGUUUCCACCAAACAACCUAAUGUCUCUGAAGAGGUUAAUUUAACUGAAAGCACUGAUGAAGAAGAAGAAGAUGUUGAUGAUGAUCAAGAAGAAGAAGAAGAAGAUGUUGAUGAUGAUGAUGAUGAUAGAGAAGAAGAAGAAGAAGAAGAAGAAGAAGAAGAAAAACAUGAUAUUACAGAGAAAGGUGUUAUUUCAGUGGGAAUGGGACAUUCAGAAGACAAAUCAGUCAACUUGAUCCCAGCUGCAGAUGUACAGCCGGAUGAGCUGAUUGGGACAGAGGAGGAGAAAGAACCAACAAUAACUACAUUAGAUCAAGUUGACAGGGCAGCAAAUAGAAUUGAUAUCAACUCUGCUUUAGACCAGGAUAUAUCUCAGUCUGAGCUAGAGCCCACUGACUUGUUAUCAUUCAGAGGGAUUUCAAAUGUAGAUGUGCGUGCUCAGGAGCAAGGAAUGGCAGAAGAGGAGGGAAGUGAUGAACAGGAUAUUGUAGUUGUAGAUGAGGACAUUGUAGACCCAGAAGAAGAGGAAAAUGCUGACGCUGAAGAACCUGUUGAGGUCUUUCCAUAUUCUGAUGUUAAUGUGUGUGCUACAGAGCUCAGAGGAACAGAAAAAACAAUUGAAUGGGUCACUGCUGAAGAUGAUACACAUGUCAUUGAUGAGGAGAGCUCAAAACCCCAAUCUGAGGAAACAUUUGCUCAGUCAUUGUCUCAAUUUGAAAUCCAUGAGGGUAAUCAACAAGAAGCAGAAGAUCAGAUAGAAAUGACAAAGGAGGAGGAAGGACCAGAGGCUGAGGCUUCAUCUGGGGCAUUACAUGCAAGUUUAGCUCAUGUAGAGGGUGGUAUAGACAGUAAUGUUAUACCAAAGGAGGAUUCAUUGGUUGAGAUUAGCUUUGAAGAUGUUCCAGAUGUUCAAGAGGUUGAGGAGAAACAGCAAGAGGAAGAGGGCCCGGUAGAGGUCUUACAGGCUAAGGUAUUAGAAACGCAACAGGAGGAAGAGUCGAAAGAGCCUACUGCAUUGGCAACAGACCAAAACAUAUCUAGCACACUGGACCAUGAUGAACCUGAAAUGAUUGGAGUUGAAAAGGAAGCUAACUCUGAAGGGGGUGGAAUGAAAAGUCAGCACAAAGCAUCUGAUAUGACGGAGAAGGUGGACACAAAUGAUUCUAAUUUAAAUGAUAGUGAUGAUGAUGAGAAGCACGAAGGUGUUAGAAUCAUCAGCUCAGCAUCACAUCAGCCCACCAACGAGUCAGACAAAGAGAACCCAGAGGAGGAAACCGAUCACAAAAAUGAAGAUAAUGAGAAGAUAAGUGAAGGUGAAUUUCACCAGAAUGAGGCUUCUGAAAAAGAGGCAAAAUCAAACAACCCUAACGUCAAAGAAGAUGAGACAACAGACACGGUUGGAAGAGACGAAGAGGACAUACAUACAGAAGGAUAUAAUAUGGUGGAGGAUCAAGAAAUUGAUGAUGGCGGUGUGGAAAAUCUCUCAUCACAAGUGACCCAGUCAAAUAUAUCAACUGCUGCAGUGGAGAAGGAGAGUGAAACUUUAGAGACAAGUGCACAACAUCUACCAAAGGAGAACGAGGCGAGUCAGAGAACAUCUGUAGAGUCACAGCCAGAGGAUACAGUGAUAGAAAAAGAGGUCAUAUCGAAGGAGGGGAGUUUAGAAGCAGAGGAACGUGUAGAAGAAGGAAAGGUUGAAAUACAAGAGAAGAGUGAAGCAAUGUGUGAAGAGGAAAGCAUCAGCCCCGCUCAAAGUGUAGGUCGGCCGGCGGCGGACCACCAAGGAGAGGAGAGGCCACUUGGGUCUGGAAAAGACUCCCCAGAGCCUGAAGGCAAGAGUGGUGACAAGGGGCGUGUUCCUGAUGCCGUUUGAGGCCUUUGCUCUGACACAUGCUCAUAAAACUGUAAUACUGCUGCUUUUGUCAGUUCUAUUUUCAAUCUCCUCAUGGGAGCCACCGCAGCCUUCACAGAUUGGAACUUCCUUCAGUAAUCUGUCAUCAUAUAAGACCGACUGGACAAUUUGUCUUGUGAAUUAAGGCCUUUAACAUUUUUACUGCUGUCACAGUUAGCCCUGUCUGAUAUGUCUGGACCAACAGGACUCCAAACACACACAGAGGGGAGUGUAGGAAGGGGUACUAAGUGUGUUACCAUGGUAACCCCUUACCAUCCUGCUCCCUCUUAGUGCCGUCAUGGAAUUAAUAGGAGGUGGUGAUGUUGAUAGUUGCUAGGCACCAUCUCUAUCAGCAAUCUACCUUAAUAGCAGUUUUUAACUGACUGAUUAAACAGUAAAACAGCACUUUGUGUACUUUUACGUACAAAACAUACAACGGCUGAAGUGAUUUCAGUUGAAUCAAAGCUACCAUAUACGGUACAAUAUUGAGACCAUCUAUUCUAACAGUGACUUAGCUGAUGUAUCUUAGAUGCUUUAUCUAUUCUUUUUAUUUUUAUUUCUAUGUCUUUAAUUCACCGUUUACUGGUGCCUGCAAUGAUGUUCCUACACCCUUAUCUUUGUUGGAGAAUAAAAACUAUUAUAUAUAAUAAAAGAUAUACAUUAAUGAUUAGGCUUAUAUCAGCAGACUAACUACCAUGAUUGAGUACAGUAAGAUGAAUUACACAGUGGUGAAGGUUCCUUCAGAUUAACAGUGAUUUGAUCGAUAUAGCAAGUCAGCUUUGUGAAAUUAGGCGUGAGGAUAACUUA